AUGGACAGCAACAGUACACCGUGGAGCUCCAGCUCUCAUCCUCCAUCCAUCCACGCCGAUGUGGUGACUUUGGCGACUGUGGCGCCCACCAUCUUCCCCCGGGUGGGCUACAGUAUACUUUCUUUCCUCAUGUUCAUCAACACAGUGUUAUCAGUUUUUAACAAUGGCGUCGCCAUAGCCGUGAUGCUGAGGAAUCAGUCUCUCCUCCAGCCUAUAAACAUUUUUAUUCUCAGCCUGGCUGUGUCCGACCUCAUGAUUGGCCUGUGCGGCUCCCUAGUCGUCACCAUCACCAACUACCAAGGCUCUUUCUUCAUUGGCCACGCAGCCUGCGUGUUUCAAGGAUUUGCAGUCAAUUAUUUUGGUCUGGUGUCUCUCUGCACUCUGACCCUGCUUGCCUACGAGCGGUACAACGUGGUGUGUAGGAUGAGUGCUGGUCUAAAGCUGAGCAUGCGGAGAAGCUUAAUCGGGCUGCUAUUCGUCUGGAUCUUCUGCUUGUUUUGGGCUGUGACUCCCUUAUUUGGCUGGAGCUCUUACGGACCUGAAGGAGUCCAGACCUCCUGCUCUCUGGCCUGGGAGGAGAGAUCGUGGAGCAACUACAGCUAUCUCAUCCUUUACACACUCUUCUGCUUCAUUUUACCUGUUAUAGUCAUCAUCUACUGCUACUACAAAGUGCUCAAAUCCAUGAAUAAGCUGAACAGAAGUGUGGAGCUCCAGGGUGGGCGUUCCAGCCAGAAGGAGAAUGAACACGCCAUUAGUAUGGUCCUGGCCAUGAUCAUAACUUUUUUUAUUUGCUGGCUUCCCUACACGGUCUUGUCAGUGGUGGUAGUCGUGGAUCCAGAGAUCUACAUCCCUCCACUGCUUGCCACCAUGCCUAUGUACUUUGCUAAGACGAGUCCUGUCUAUAACCCCAUCAUCUACUUCCUUUCUAACAAGCAGUUCCGCGAUGCCACUUUGGAGGUGCUGUCCUGCGGCCGCUACAUUCCCCAUGUGCCCACCAGCGUCAGCAUCAACAUGUGCUCCUUGAACAGGAGAAGCCGGCAGGCUUCCUUGAGCAAGAGCAUCAACUCGCACAGCAAGGUGUUGCCUCUGUGA